AUGUCGUCUUCUCGUCCUCGCGGCCGGGUUGGCCAGAGAAGUCCUACGGUGUUGGUUACCGACUCGCGCGAACAACACCCGCUAAAUCCACAGCGCCGUCGUCGUUCCCCAUCAACCCGCUUCAUCACCGUUGAUAAUGUCCUCCAAUAUGCUUCCGAUGUCCCCUCCAUGCAACAGCGCCAUCCACUCCCGAACACGCGCUCUCGUCCCCGUUCGCGUCUUGCCUCAGCCGCCGGGGGGUUAAUUGGAAGUUCAGGUAGUGCAGGAAUCCAUGGCGGAACGGCCAGUUCGUCGGGGACGGUCGGUCGACUCGCGGCGCAACCGCGUCUUCCUCCGCGCAGUACGAAACUCAGCGAGAAACUGGUCCUUCUUCCGGAGACGUCGCAGAUGGAAGAAGAAGGUGAUGUUGAUGAAGAAGAAGACGAAUACGACGACGAAGCGGUGGAUGAGGAAUUGGUCGAGCGACUUGCGAAAGACAAGGGCUGGGAUCCGGAGCGGAUACGGCAGCAAUUAUUGACGCAGAAGAAACUUGGUGGUGACUUUGGGGUGGAUAAUGAUAUUGCGCCGUUGCUGGCUGAAGAGGAAUUACUGCGUCGUCGCAAGGUUGGGCCGGAGAGGGCGAAGAGCUAUGCGGAGCGGUUGCCCAAGGCUCGUCGCGCAGAGAAGCUGGCGCGUGUUACGGCUUAUUGUACGGCACAGGCAUAUAAGAUGAGCUCGCUGGCGUCGUUUGUCAAGGAGCAGCAUGGAGGACGGACAAAGCUGUACGACGACUGUUUGUACACGGCGUACCAUUUGCCACUUUUGCCGGGGAAUGAUGGGUAUCGACUGCGGAGUAGUCCGAUGGUGAAGAAACCGGGAGGCAAGUCUCUGCUUGAUGAGGAGAUCGAGCGGAAUGAGCUGCGCGAUUAUCAUGAUGAAUUUAACAUGGAGGCGGAAGAGCAUUCAGUUGGGGGUCGCAUGCGCCAUGUGGAGGAUGAUUUGCAUCAACAUGAACAGGAAACUCCUGAUAGUGUUGACAGAUUGAUCCAUAAUGUCAACCAGGAGAGUCACCGGAUGGAAGAAGGAACGGAUACGCCAGAGCGGCCAUCGAGUGCACCGGGUAGCACCAGCCACGAACACCAUUCCCCCAGCGACAUUCAAGAUAGACCAACAGCCACAACAGAAGCAAGAACAACAAGCACACCCUCAAUGACCGCUGCCGCCGCCCGUCUCGCAUACGACGUAGCAGAAAUGUUCGUCUUCAGCUACGGCGUAGUCGUCUUCUGGAACCUAACGGAGAAGCAAGAAAAAGACAUUCUAGCCGAUCUUGCCUUCGCCACAUCCUCUGUGACAGGCAGCCCAAUCCCACUAGCCACCAUGCCCCUACAGGAAGAAGACUUCGAGACGGAAGAGUUCCACUUUGAAUACUCAACUGAGAUCUCGCGGCCGCGCGUGUACAACGACAUGAUCACCCUACGAAACGGCGACCACAUGAUCAAACUCGCAAUCAGCCACGGCAUCGCCCAAAGCACCAAACUGUGCUUCUUCGAAGAAGUCAUGGCACGACAAAUGGCCGAAGCCAAAGACGUGCCCCGCCGUCUAGCCAUCACGGGAAAACUAGGCCUGAAACGAGAAGAAGUCUUCAGAAUCCUCGGACGACUAUUCAAGAGUCGAGUAGAAGUCAACCUGUCUUCGAAUAUGCUCGACGUGCCCAAUUUCUUCUGGGAAAGCGAACCAACACUAUACCCACUGUACAUUGCUGUUCGGGAGUAUCUGGAGAUCAAGCCACGGAUUCAGGUCCUCAAUGAACGCUGCCGCGUGUUUCUGGAUUUGGCAGAGAUUCUGUCCGACUCGAUUGCUGACAAUAGAACCUCUCACCAAACCUGGAUCAUCAUCGUCCUGAUCAUAAUCUCCAUCCUCGUCACAACGUCAGAAGUCUUUUUGCGUUUCGGUAUGAUUUCAUCCUCGUCGUCCUCGUCCGCUGGUAUGGUUGUCGCGCGUGCUUUCGGGCUAGGGUCAAAUUCGGAUUUGUCAACAGGUGCAGGCGCGGGCGCAUGUAAUUGUCCUGCGAUUCCGGAUUCGAAUUCUACGGGGUUGAGGGUGAAUUAUUAG